ACGUAUUUGUUUACAGGAAAAACAGAAUAUUGUUAUGUGCGUGUGGAAGUUGUAUUUUUACAUUUGUGAUAUUAAAAGAUUCUUUUAAGUUUUUUUAAAAAACCAAAAAUACUUUGAAAACGCUUCCAACGACCCUGUCGUAAAAGUAUUCCAUUCUAAUGACAUUUUCUCCGAUUUAAACAGAUAAUCUUAAUUUCUUCAUCCCGGUGUGUUUACGUGUUCACUUUCAGUGUCAAUAUGCAGUUUCUAGAACUCUUGUGAUAUUUUCAAUCCUUAACAUGAGAUACUUAUGCCCCAAAUUGAAUGCUGAAGCUGAGAGUAAUGCGUUGUGUACGUUGCGUGAAUUGGUGGCAUUUAGGAAAGGCUCUUCUCCUCAUUGGCUUUUUAUUCUUCUUAUGCGAAAUUCUGAUUUAUUACAUUGUAUUGCUACAAUGUACUUGGCCUCAAAUUCAGACUCAUACAAGGCAUUCAACAGUAAAAGCAGUGUUGCUUGCUGACACACAUUUACUUGGACCUCGUUUUGGGCACUGGUUUGACAAAUUAAGAAGGGAGUGGCAGAUGUAUAGAACAUUCCAAACUACAAUGACUCUGCAUAAUCCUCACGUAGUUUUCAUUUUAGGGGAUGUUUUUGAUGAAGGUCAGCAUUGCACCGAAGAGGACUUUAACAAUUAUGUAAAAAGAUUCCAUAGCUUAUUUUUUGUUCCUGAAAACACAAAACUUUACGUUGUGAUUGGAAAUCAUGAUAUUGGCUUCCACUAUCACAUUUCAGAUUAUCUGAAAGAAAGGUUUGAGAAAUCAUUUAAUAUAUCAUCUGUAGAAAUGAUAACCAUAAAAAACAACGUAUUUGUUCUAGUCAACAGUAUGGCACUGCAUGGUGAUGAUUGCUUCCUUUGCAAACCAGCUGAGGAGAAAUUGCGAGAAAUAUCUAAUAUUUUAAGAUGCUCAAAGGGAGAUGAAGACAUAGAAUGUAAAAAGUUUGGACCAUUACCAGCAUUUAGCCCUCCAAUUUUUCUUCAGCAUUUUCCCCUUUUUCGUCCUUCAGAUGCUCACUGCAGAGAAUCUGACUCUGCGCCGGAGGAAAUAAUAAAUGAACCCUUCCGUGAAACUUGGGAAUGUCUUUCAAGGGAGUCCACCAGCAAAGUUUUAAGUCUCUUGGAACCUCGAGCUGUCUUCAGUGGCCAUACUCAUCAUGGUUGUUUCACUAUGCACAAGGAAAAAAUUCCAGAGUGGACUAUACCGUCCUUCAGUUGGAGGAAUAAGAAGAAUCCCAGCUUUAUCCUGGCAACUUUUGCUCCAGACGCAUUUAGGAUAAACAAGUGUCACAUGCCAAAUGAAAAUACUGUAAUUGAUCUGUAUAUAGUUGGCAGCUUGUUUAUUCUGAUUUGGAUGUAUGUUACAAGAGGCAGGUUUUUCAAAGGUUCAUCUUUUAAAGAUAAGUAACUACUAAAUAAAUGUGCAGACAAAUAUAGUGCUAAGCUUUUGUCUUUCACUCUCAAGUACAAUUCUGGACUACAUCGUGUGCAGAAUCGAGAAAUCUGCUCGAAAUAGAGGUACUUUUACGUUAAAGGUAUGUCACUCCACAUUUUUAGCCUUGGCAAUCAUUUUUCAUUUUAUUUUCGAUCGCCAUGUUCGGUCAAAGUUACAUAGAAAGUACUUAUUUGAUGAUGCCAUGCAAUUAUUUGUAUUUUUUAAUUUUCAAAUCACAGCAAGCCUUGAAAUAAUUCUAUAAGUUCCUUCAAAGUGAAAAAAAUCCACUAAAUUGUUAAACACAACUCUGUUAAAAGUAAAAUAAUCCACCAAUUUUUAUUUUUUUAACGAUUAAAAAACGAGGAAAAAAAAUACCCCUUAAAGUCCAUGUUGUGUCUACCCUCUCCCCCCCCCCAGGAAAAUUUCAAAUUUAGUUUUAAGAAUGCAUUUUAAAUUUAUAUUUUUCAAAAACUUGCAAUUCCACUUUAGGAUUGCAAUUUCACUGACCGCCCCCCCCCCCCACCCCCACCCCCACUGCUUAAAGUAGUUCGCCAAAUCAACUAGAAAUGUUUUUGACAUGUAAAAUAAUCAGUCAAAUAUAUUUUAUAUAUAUUCAGUUAUAAAUAAACAUUGAAAAUCCCAUUAUGAUGUAAAGUUAGAAGAAGGGGAGCAAAUGUGGCAACAAUAUAAUUGUAAUUUUUCAGUUUUUGCCAAGGUAACAAGUAAACAAGUUGCCAAGCCAAGUGACAUACCUAUAAUAUAAAAGUACCAAAAUAUGAGUUAUCCUGGUUUUUGGAACUGUAUAAAUUUUAUUGCAUUUUGUACAAGUUAUACUGUUAAAUAAAUUUAUAU